CCUAAAACCCCCAAACUGCUAUGAAAAUCUUAAACCCUAAUACGGAGAAUUUCUGAAUUCUGGAGCACGAGGAUUUUUGCAUCUUCAAUCCAAACAAACAAAAUACUCUAGCUUUUGAUUUUUGUGGGGUUUAAGGUUUGACAAAAAAAAGAAAAAAAAGAAUGAGGAUUGUUUUAGGAAGACUUCUGCAGAAGAUGCCACUGAAACAGGCGAUUGGACGCCGCGCAUAUUCAACGAAGAAGAUUGUUGAUGUUGGACAGCCAACUGCUGCAUCUCAUCCACAGUUGUUGGUGGAAGGAGAGAUUACACCCGGGAUAACUUCGGAGGAAUACGAAUUGAGAAGAAAAAAGUUGUUGGAUGCGCUCCCGGAGAAGGGUUUGGCCAUUUUUGCAGCUGCCCCUGUAAAGAUGAUGACCGAUGUCGUGCCUUAUACCUAUCGUCAAGAUGCUGAUUACUUGUAUAUUACUGGCUGCCAACAGCCUGGUGGCGUGGCAGUUUUGGGUCGUGAAUGCGGUUUUUGCAUGUUCAUGCCAGAAGCAACGACUCAUGACGUUAUUUGGCAAGGGGAAGUUGCGGGAGUUCAUGCAGCACUGGAAGUAUUCAAGGCUAAUAAAGCAUACCCAAUGAACAGAUUACGGCAGAUCCUGCCAGAUAUUAUGAAGGGAUCGUCCGAAAUGUUCCACAAUGUGCAGACGGCUGUACCAACGUAUAUGGAAUUGGAUCCAUUUCAGAAAGCAGCUUACUCUGGAAAAGUGAAAGAUUCUUCGGUUUUCACCCAUGAGUUACGGUUAAUAAAGUCACCGGCAGAGCUUAAGUUAAUGAGAGAGUCAGCAUCAAUUGCUUGCCAAGCUCUACUGCAGACAAUGUUUCACUCAAAGACACACCCUUAUGAGGGUAGGCUAGCAGCUAAGAUUGAAUAUGAAUGCAAAAUGAGGGGUGCCCAGAGAAUGGCAUUCAAUCCUGUGGUUGGUGGCGGGCCCAAUGCUAGUGUAAUACAUUAUGCUCGGAAUGAUCAGAAAAUAAAAGAUGGGGAACUUGUCUUGAUGGAUGUUGGUUGCGAGCUUCAUGGUUAUGUCAGUGAUCUUACUCGCACCUGGCCACCCUAUGGCAGCUUCUCUUCAGCUCAGGAAGAGCUCUAUGAUCUUAUUCUGCAAACAAACAAGACAUGUGUGGAGCUUUGCAAACCCGGUGCUAGCAUUCGAGAAAUACACAACUUUUCAGUUGAAAUGCUUCACAAGGGACUCAAGGAGAUUGGAAUUCUGAAAGAUUCUAGAAGCAGUUCCUACCAUCAGCUGAAUCCAACUUCCAUAGGCCACUAUCUGGGAAUGGAUGUCCAUGAUUGUUCUACGGUUGGUUAUGACCGUCCGUUGAAGCCAGGCGUUGUCAUAACAAUUGAACCAGGAAUCUACAUCCCAUUGUCUUCUAACUGUCCUGAAAGGUACCGAGGCAUCGGGAUAAGGAUUGAGGAUGAGGUCCUCAUUACAGACACGGGUUAUGAGGUUCUGACUGGGUCAAUGCCGAAAGAAGUUAAACAUAUUGAAUCCUUGCUAAACAACUUUCCCCAUGGAAGUGUAAUGGAGAACCACAUUGCCGAGGGAGCUUCAUCCAGUUGAUGUUCCCUUGUAAAUUAUACAAAGCCAAUACAGACUUGAGGAAUUCACUCGUAAGGUGCUUUCCGAGACAUUCAUCUCGUUUCAAAUGCAAGGAGCUUAUAACUUAAUUGUUGUGUAUCGAAACUUUUAAUCCACAUAUGUUUCCGUUUCGUUCUGUUACUAUCAUUUCUGUAUGUAAUUGCCAAGAAUGGUAUAAACAUUGGGUGAUUCAACGUACGGCGUAUGUUAUUAUGUCCAUACUUCAUUCGUAGACGGCGUUGUAGAUCGUAUUGUAUCCAUUUGGUCUACAAAACAAGUUUUGCUUCCAAACUGCUAAUGAUGACAGUUGCUCCUCUCCGUAAUAA